AUGUCGAAUUAUCCAACAGAUGGUAGCGCUGUUAUUCGCAUCUAUGCAUCAAAUGCAGAUGGUAAGUGGAGAAUCUUUUACUUCCACUCAGCGCGCAUAUUUAUUUCUGACACUUAUAAGGCAACCUCAUGGGCCUUGAUCGAUCUUUGCACAUACAAAGAGUUCAUUGAGCCACUUCGAGCCGAAAUUCGCUCUACGUUUCAAAGCAACCAUCAAAAUCCGUACGAUAGGCUUUAUCUUAUGGAUAGCUUUCUCCGGGAAUCUUCAAGAAUGAAUCCACUUGAUGGUUGUAUGUUAUACUUGGCCUUGUUACUUAACGAUACCCUCCUGAUUUACUCUAGUGACUGUGCAACGCAAAGCGCUUAAACCCUUUACUUUCUCUGAUGGCUCCCACAUCCCAGCGGGAAACCUUGUAUCUAUCCCCCAGAGGGUGGUAAUGAAUGACCCUGCACGCUAUACAAGCCCUCAAAAGUUCGACCCCCUACGCUAUAUGAAAUCGAGGACUGACCCAAGUGCCGCGACGACAAAGUACGCGGAUGUCAACUGGGAUUACACAUUCUGGGGUUCGCCAAGAAAAAGCUGGUAUGUGACCCAUUACAUUCUGGUUGUCCAUAGUUAAUUCAACGAUGUGUUGUUUUAGUCCUGGCAGAUGGUAUGCAUCAUACGCAUUGAAAUAUGUGUUGGUACAUCUUCUCACCAAUUAUGAUUUGGAGUUGGUUAGACCAGAUACGCCCAAAUAUUUCAUCUGGACGACGGCAAUUGUUCCCAGGUCCGAUGUCUUCAUAUCCUUAAAAAAGCGUACCGUUUAA